AUGUUGAAGCGUGCGGUAGCUAAGGUCACCGGCGACUCGUCGCCCGCCGAGAAUGGCAACUCUCGUACGUCGAGCACUCCUGCCACUGGACAGACUACUCCCAACGCACCUCCCUCUGCCAAAUCCACCAUGGACUCGACACAGAGCGCCGACGUGCCGGACAAGAAGUUCCGCCUCUCGCACAUAUUUUCGGGCCACUCACUUCCUGGUACACGCAGGUCAACCUCGCGUGCCGGCAGCCUCGAUGAGCCGCGUCCGAGCGCCGUCAGAAAGGCGCAACGCAUCGAAGAGAAGGAGCGCAAAGCCAUCGAGCAGGAGAAGGUCAAGGAGAGGAUCGCCAUGGCCCGCAAGCAGUCCGAUCUUCGCGCCGCCCAGAUCGAGACUCCCGAACAGCGCGCUCGCUACGGCGAGCAGUACCCUGUCGAGUGGAACAAGACCCACGACCAAUGGGAGAACAUCUUCACCAUCUGCGACGAUGCCCAGAUUGGCGACACUGUGACGUUGCGCGCUCGCAUCCACACCAUCCGUGAUAUCAGCUCACACCUCGUCUUUAUCGUCCUCCGACAGCAAAUCUCCACCAUUCAAGCAGUGCUCGCGGAAGAGAACGGCGUCAUCACCGGUCACAUGGUACGAUGGGCCAAGAGACUGCCGCUCGAAUCUAUCGUGGUCGUUCGCGGCAAGCUUCAGAAGCCGCGCGAGCCCAUCACGGGUGCUACCACCCAGCAAGCCGAGGUCAAGGUGCAGCAGCUCUACCUUGUCGCUCAGCCCAAAGAGUCGCUGCCAUUCAACGUCUACGAUGCCGAUCUCGUACUCAAGAAAAGCGACGAUGACCACAGCGGUAGUAACAGCGGUCAUGGCACCGACUCGGAUGGCGAAGGCGCACCUCGCGACGAGAACCACUCGAUCGAGCGUCACGAAGGUCCCGUUCUCACCCAGCGCGUCCGUCUCACCAAUCGUAUCAUCGACCUGCGAACACCCACCUCUCAGGCCAUCUUCCGCAUCAAUGCCGCCAUCUGCAACGCUUUCCGCUCUCACCUGGACAAGAACCGCUUCCUCGAGAUUCAUACCCCCAAACUGCAAGGUGGAGCUUCCGAGUCUGGUUCCAGCGUCUUCAGCCUCGACUACUUUGGUCGCCCUGCUUUCCUGGCUCAAAGCCCGCAGCUGUUCAAGCAGAUGUGUAUCGCCGCCGACUUCAAGCGCGUAUACGAGAUUGGUCCCGUCUUCCGUGCCGAAAACUCCAACACUGCUCGUCACUUGACCGAAUACACGGGUCUCGAUAUCGAGAUGGAGAUCGUGCAUUACUACGACGCCAUCCGCGUCAUUGACGGCAUGCUCAAGAGCAUUUUUGUUGCGCUGCGAGACAGCUUCAAGGCCGAGCGCGAGCUCAUCAAGCGCCACUUCCCCCACGAAGAUCUGGUGUACCCCGAGGAUACGCUCAUCCUUCCCUUUGCGCAGGGUGUCAGGCUGCUCGUCCAAUCGGGUUACGUCGAAGAAGACGGCAGCGUGCCCAAGGAGGAUGAGGAUUUGCACACGCGUGCCGAGAUCCGACUCGGUGAGCUCAUCAAGGAAAAGUACAAUACCGACUACUACAUCCUCGACAAAUUCCCCUCCUCCGUCCGACCCUUCUACGCCAUGGAGGACAAGGACGAUCCCAAGGUCACCAACUCGUUCGACAUUUUCAUUCGUGGUCAGGAGAUAUGCACAGGUGGUCAGCGUAUCCACGACAUUGAAGAGCUCGAGCGCAAGAUGCAGCGUCUCUCGAUCUCGCCCAAGGGUAUGCAGGAGUACCUCGAGGGCUUCCGUCUUGGUGCACCUCCUCACGCCGGCUGCGGUAUAGGACUUGAGCGAUUGGUGAUGCUUUAUCUCAACUUGGGCGACGUCCGCUACGGAUCGCUAUUCCACCGAGAUCCUCGUAGCUUGCCGCUCCAGAAAGCCGACGAGGACGAGCUUCGUCAUCCCGAAGCUAGCACUAAUCCGCCUCCCUGGAAGCAUCCUCGUCUUGCGCUCAAGGCGGAUGGUGAGAGUGAGCUGCGCGACAUGCAGCCAUUGGAAAAGCUCAUCGCCAACUACGGCGACGCUUCCAACACCGCGUGGCUCGACGAGCGCUACAAGGUGUGGCGACACCCCGACACGGGUGCUGCGGUAGGCUACUCGCCAUUCAAGGGCUACGCCAUGAUCAUCGGCGACCCGCUGUGUGACAAGGCACAGCUUUCGCAGGCGAUCUCGGCUUUCUUGCAGUUCAUCAAGAAGGAAGCCAAACUCAAACCCAUCUGGAUGAUGGUGUCCGAAGAGGUUGAGGAGAUCCUCGGCGGCAAACUCAACUGGUGCUCGCUCUCUUGUUCGGCGGAAGAGCGCGUGGAGGACCCAGCCAAGAACCCGGCACGGCACGACCCCGAUAUCCAAAAGAAGGUGCGUCACGCUCGCAAGGAGGGGAUCAAGAUCCAGGACUACACGCUCAGCGAGAACGUGCCGGACGAGGUGGUGCGCGAGACCGACGCCCGAAUCGAGGACUGGCGCAAGAACCGCAAGGGCGAGCAGGUGCACAUGACCGACGUCCACCCGUGGCGCGACAUGUCGCACCGUGUCUACUACAUUGCACGCGAUGCCUCCGGCCAAGUGUGCGCCAUGGUAGUUCUGCAUCAGCUCUCGCCGCAGCACGGAUGGCACAUCAAGUGGGCGCUCGACUUCCCCGGUGCGCCCAACGGCACCAUCGAACACGUCGUUUUGCACGCAAUGGAGAGCAACGCUGGCAGCAAGAUGACAUUUGGCGCUUCUGCCACCUCGACGCUUGUGGCCAAGCACGGAUUGAGCAAGGUGACGACCAAGUGGCUCACCAAGGCGUACAACUCGCUGGCGGAGCACAACAGGCUCACCAACAAGGGCGAAUUCAGGCAGAAGCUCGGAGCGGUGGAGGACAGGGUGUACAUCUGCUACCCACGGCACGGUCUCUCGCCCGCCGGCAUUCAGGCUAUCAUUGGCUUCUUCAAGCAGUAG